CCUACCUAGGUAGGUAAUGCUCAUCAACCACUUACAUACCUAAGGUAGCUAUCAGCUCCCCUUCUUACGUCCAUUCGAGCUCUCUUGAUACCAAUGCCUCGGCAUCAAGUCCCGAUAGUGGCGAAUUGCGGCGAGCAUCUAUUAGCUCCUAGAUCGUCUUUAAAAUGGAUCCAUGCCUUCCCCUCCAGAUACGCUCGGUAGGGAGAUUGCCUAAUCGAGCAGCAACUUAGCGACGACCAUCUUCCUAACAGCGAUAGCUCUAGCGAACGAGUAAGCUUGCCGAUCUAGAAUGUAUAUUGUUUCUUAAACGAAUUUGAUAUUGCUCUCGCGUGAAUUCUUAAAUAGUAUCUAUGACAUUUUUUUCGCCAUUGAACCGGGCUUCAAGCUCUUCGAGACGAUAAUCCGUGAACAUGGAAAAGGCCAAAGUUCAGGAGGGGCCUAGUCGCCGGGGCCGGAGCUAUAGGGACGGUGCAAUAUAUCUCGGCGUUAAGAGCAACAUUGCUUUGACCGUUAUUGUUGCCAUCAUUACGACCUUCUUCCUCUCAAAUCGAUGGCCUGCGGUCUUUCACCAAGAUUCCAGUACUACCUACCAGCUCGAUGCAACAGAUCUAGAAUACGGCCUCGCGCAAUGCGCUCUAAACCAACAACACCCAGUCGUUGACCAAAACCUAGCAGCUUCACGUCUAGCUACAGUAUCCAGAACAGGGAAACGUACUAUCCUACAUAACGCAACACUCGUCAAUGGUGAUGGCAAAGUCACCCGCGAGUGCAUUAUCGAGAUGCAAGACGGAAUCUUCACAAGGGUAUCAAAAGCAACCCCCGAGAGCUUAAAACAAGUCUCUCCCGACGAUAAGGUGGUAGACUUGAAGGGUCGAAUCGUAACCCCCGGACUCGUGGAUGCACACUCUCACGCCGGUGUACGGGAGACGCCGCAGCUCUGGGCUACGGAGGAUGUUACUGAGAUAUCGGCUCCCGUUACCCCAUGGGCGCGUGCAAUUGAUGCUUUUAAGCCUCAUGAUGGUGCAAUACCGGUGAUCGCCAGUGGUGGGGUAACAACUUCACUCAUACUGACUGGUGCCAAGAACCAGAUUUCUGGUGAAGGUGUCGUGGUUAAGAUGAAGCGGGUCAACUCCGUUCUCGGUAUGCUCGUUAAUGUGGCGGAAGGAGGUUCCGGGAAACCCCAGAGAUAUCUCAAAAUGGCCAUGGGCGAAAACCAGAAGCGACAGUUCCAAAAUGUGCCCGGCGGACCUUCAACAAGGCUCGGGGAGUCGUAUUGGUUCCGCAAAGCGUACGAUAAUGCCAGCUGGAUAAAGCGAGAACAAGAUCGGUGGUGUCAGGCUGCCUCGACAGCAAAGGGAAGGUCAUCUAUAACGCGGGAGUAUCCCCGGUCCUUGGAAUGGCAGACAUUAGUCGACGUUUUGCGGGGAGAUGUUCGCGUCAAUGUGCACGGAUACGAAACCGAGGAUAUUUUAGCCAUGUUUGACCACGCAGACGAAUUUGGUUUCAAUAUUACGGCCUUGCAUCAUGCGCUACACGCCGAUCUCCUUUUGGACCAAAUUAAAGCUAGGAAUAUCGCUGUUGUUGGCUUUUCGGAUUCUUGGGGUGAUAAAAGGGAGCUUUAUAGCGUGAGCUCCUAUUUCCCCGCUAGAGUAGCUGACUAUGGAGUUCCUUUUGCUCUCACCCGCGAUCACCCGGCGGAACAUGGCCAAUGGUUGAUAUACGAGGCACAAAUUGCUCAUCAUUUCGGACUUGACGCGGAAAAAUCCAUUUCAUCAAUUAUCUCAGUGCCGGCUCGUGUCCUAGGUCUUGAUAACAAGGUUGGGUUUGUACGACCCGGCUAUGACGCCGAUCUCGUAGUGUGGGAUCGGCAUCUCUUGCAAGUAGGCGCAACACCCCUCGAGGUAUAUAUCGAUGGCAAUAGUGUGGCUCGAGCUUCCGACAGUAUAUGGAAGGCUUCGGAGUCCGUAUCCUAUGUUAAAGAAGCCCCGCAAUCGCGACCUAGUGUCGUUCCUGAGAGUUCCUGUAAAUCGGGUCAAUCCGAUAUCGUCAUCCGCGGUCUAAAGACCAGCUUCAUUGGCGAUAAUGGAUUGAGGAGUGGACAGCCACAGACCGGAAAUCUAACAAUUGUUGUACGCGAAGGUCAAAUUGCCUGUGUUGGCGAAAGCAGGUGCGCCAAGAUAGCAAGCCAAGCCGUCGAUGAUAAAAUCCCGACGAUAGACCUUGAAAACGGAUAUAUGCUCCCCGGAUUAACUAUCGUUACGCGGCAACACGGGUUGACUGAGAUGCGCCAAGAACCGUCUACGGCUGAUGGUGCCUCGGCAGGCGAUGAAUAUGAAAAGCCCAUAUCGAGUAGAUUUGGUAUCAAAUUCGACGGCAUGCAUCUGGAGAGGGCCUACCGGGGUGGUGUCACCCGAAUUGUAACGCCGCCCCUGACGAACGGUUUUUUCCAUGGUAUCAGCGCUUUGUUCCGCUCAGGGGCGAAAAGUGUCUUAGAUGAUGGCGCAAUCGCUAGUCCGAGCGGAGCCCUUCACUUCACGAUCGGACAUGAUGGAAAAUCGUCCAAAACACCUUCAAUAACAUCGCAGAUAAACAAACUACACGACCUCCUCACUACGGACAAGCAACUCCACCCCAUCUACCAAAGCGCAGCAAAGGGCGACAUCCCCGUAGUCGUCCACACCAACAACAAAGACGUCAUCGCGCACAUGAUAGCUCUUAAAAAAGAAACCGGCGCCCACAUCGUCAUAAUGGGGGGCUCUGAAGCGCAUCUCAUAGCCGCCGAACUCGCGGAAGCCAACGUCUCGGUUAUCGUCGCACCCUUCUGGGGCUGUGAACCCCUAUUUUGGGAUUCCCGUAACUGUCCCCCAGGCCCGCCUUUAGUAGACCGACUAGGGCCCCAGGUGUUACUAGACUCCGGCGUCAAAGUAGCCAUUUCGAAUUGGGACGACACGAAUAACCACAUCCGAAAUAGCAUUUGGGAAGCCAGCUGGGUUGCCGGUCCUGGAAAUCAGAGCUUAGCGCUCGAUCUCGUGUCCAAAAAUGUUGAGGAUAUCCUGAUGCUUCCGCGUAGUAGGGACUUCGUAAUAUACGAAGGAGACCCAUUUACCUUUGGAUCUCGUAUCGCCCUAAUAUUCGAAGAGGGUAAGGUACGGAGUUGUUACCCAGACGUUGAUGAGGAUUAAAGGAAGUAAUUGUCAAAGCAAAAUUCAUUUAGGGUACAUAUAUUCACACACAUAGGUAUAAUGAACUAGGUACCUUACCUAGAUCUUACGGCGGUCCAAUAAGCUAUAAACUGCCAUUGCACCAAAACGACACCUAUGCUGAAUUGCUCUGUAAUUAUAGGGUACCUUAGCGGUAGAUGCGCUAUAUCUAGGUACCUAGGUUAUUAUAGUAGUUGAAUAUAUAGCGCUCACACCUCUAUAAAUACAGCACAUUACAGCACUCA